CAACUCGCUUCCAAUACGAACCCAAGAUUUGCCGUGUCACGAUCGCGAGCAAUACUCUUCAAGCGCGUAUACACACACAUACACACACAUACAUACCUCAGCGUCUAUUAGCCCUCUUCGUACAUACGCCGAGCUGGCGUCCGAUUUCGAAUACUACCCGAAGUAACCGUGAGAUUACUAGUAACUAGACGGAACAAAGUUCCCAAAGAAGCAUAUUCCUCAACCGCACACAUACAUACAUACAUAUCUAUCUGCACCUACGCACCACCUGAUGGCGGAUACUGUAUAUCGUCGUAGCGGGCGGGGCGGCGCCGGCAACUUCUACUCGCAAAAGGAUAUCGAAGAGGCAACUGGGAGGAAGUCUGAGGAUCUCGAGGCGCAGAAAUCGCUACCACUUGCCGAUGAUGAACCGCUGACCGAUCCAGCCGAUGGCCCAGCGCAACACGUUGCGGCCCCCAUCGUGGGCUCUACUACAUGCGGUGUAAGGACCGGCAGGGGCGGCGCUGGAAACUUCGUCGAUGUCCCUUUAUUAUCAUCAUCAUCAUCUAUAGCCACGACCGCUCCCACCACCACUGCAUCUACCGCUCACGCUUCAAACCCCCAAGACCAGCCGCAUCCACAAUCUCCGCCGACAUCACCGCGCCGCGGGGGCGCGCUCUCGGGCCGUGGGGGCGCAGGGAACUGGACGUCUGAGCAUGGGGAAUCCGAGCCGUACGACCAAGAACAGGAGCGCAAACGCCGCGAGGCUCUCGAUGCGCACAUCCUACAGGAUAUACGAGACUCGCUGCCGCAGCCGCCCAAGAUCCACUAUAUGCAUGGCCCGGGUCGGGGACGGAAGCCGGAUCUGCCUGCCUAGCCGGGCUGGAUAAUAGUUGUCGUUAGUAAUUGCGGUAUGGGAGAGAUAGCUCAUUAUAUCUAAAGUCUCGGCGUUGGGACCAAGGAUAUCACUCUCGCGAAUGAGAUGGAUAGCCCUUACGAAGACCCAACCACAUUGAGAGUAUACAUAUCAUCUAGAACGUAUACAUCAUAUACAUCAUAUACAUCACUAAU